GAUGGAGUUCUGCGGCGCCGGCUCGGUGACAGAUCUCAUCAAAAACACCAAAGGCAAUUCCCUGAAGGAGGAGUGGAUCGCUUAUGUCUGCAGGGAGAUCCUCAGGGGUCUCACUCACCUCCACCAGCACAAGGUCAUCCACCGUGACAUCAAAGGUCAAAACGUGCUUCUGACGGAGAAUGCCGAAGUCAAAUUAGUGGACUUCGGCGUGAGCGCUCAGCUGGAUCGCACGGUGGGCCGCAGGAACACCUUCAUCGGGACGCCGUACUGGAUGGCGCCGGAGGUCAUCGCCUGUGACGAGAACCCCGACGCCACCUACGACUUUAAGGUACGCUUACAAAUUUGAGGAAUCUUGUUCAGA